UGCAGCAGCUCUCUCUCUCGCGCGCACACACUUUCUCUCUCUCUCUCUCUCUCUCUCUCACUCUCUCUAUCCCACAUUCCUGAGAGAGACAAAUCACAAGCGCAGGCAUGAAUCUGGGCGCCAGCUCAUGCCCUCCACUGCUCUAGCUAUAAUGAGCAAAGCCUUCACUCUCUUCUUCCCAGAAGAGGAUGGCCAUGGCCCUGCAAGUGCAGGAGGAGGAAACCCACCACCAACGCCGGGACGCUUCGUUUUCGCUCGACGGGCUCUACUGCGAGGACGAGACCUUCGAUGAAGAUCUGGCAGGCAAUGCCGGCGAGAAUGCCGGUGAGGGAGCGAGGGGUGAUGACCCCUGCGAUGUAAAGGACUCGACUUUGCCUCUGCCUUUGCUGGAACAGGACUUGUUUUGGGAGGAUGGUGAGCUGGCCUCCCUGGUUUCGAGAGAGACCGAGACCCAUCCCCGUUGCGACGAGCUAAUCUCUGAUGGGUCCGUGGCGGUAGCCCGCAGAGAUGCGGUUGGGUGGAUUUUGAGGGCUCAUGCGCAUUACGGGUUUCGUCCAUUGACUGCUGUGUUGGCCGUGAACUACUUCGAUAGGUUCGUUUUGAGCCAGAGGUACCAGAGAGACAGGCCGUGGAUAAGCCAACUCUUAGCUGUGGCUUGUCUCUCUGUUGCUGCCAAGGUGGAGGAAACCCAAGUGCCUCUUCUACUUGACCUGCAAGUGGCUGAUGCGAAGUACGUGUUUGAAUCGAGGACGAUUCAGAGAAUGGAGCUCUUGCUGAUGUCUACACUUGGUUGGAGGAUGAACUCGGUGACUCCGAUUUCAUUCUUUGAUUACAUCCUUAGGAGGUUUGGCUUGACGACUAAUUUGCACAGGCUAUUUUUCUGGAUGUGUGAGCGUUUACUUCUCUCUCUGGUUGCAGAUGCGAGGCUCGCGAGUUUUCUUCCUUCAGUCGUUGCCACAGCUACAAUGCUGUAUGUUAACAAGGAGAUAGAAUCGUGUAUAUGCUGUGAAUUCCUGGACCAGUUACUGAGCGUGCUCAAGAUCAAUGAGGACCGAGUAAAUGAGUGCUAUGAACUCAUUCUUAAAUUAUCAAUUGACCAUCCUGAGAUCCUCAACUACAAGCACAAGCGUAAGAAGCUAUCAGUACCCAGUAGCCCCAGUGGUGUGAUCGAUGCUUCUUUCAGCUGUGACAGUUCAAAUGAUUCGUGGGGUGUGGCAUCAUCUGUUUCUUCUUCGCCGGCGCCUCGGUUCAAGAGGAGCAGAUUCCAGGAUCAACAGAUGGGCCUGCCAUCUGCGAAUGUUUCAUCCAUGGGUGUGCUUAAUAGUUUUUUUUAGUCCUUCCUUAUUAUCCUUGAUUGGACAUGCUAUAAAGCAGUCUUUCCCUUGCUUAUAUCUUGAGGCAUCUAAUCUUGUGGUC